AUGAGCGAGGGACAAGAGAGACGAGCUGCUCAGCGCUUGAACAAGGAGGGGUUGCUUGCCCAUUUCUACCGUUAUUCCGUUCCCAGCCCUGGCCAGGAACUGACAACAGACGGGGAUCGCGUUGCUGCUCGCCUGGUCACACACCUUCAAAGUGCGCCGAACAGAGGCUUGGUUCUGCAGACCAAGUACCUGAAGGAUCCUCCCAGGUGUAUGGAGGCUUGCCCUGCUCUUCGUGACUCAAUAGACCUAUUUUGUUCAGUCUGGCAUAAAUAUCGCCGCAGCGAGAGAACAGAUAAUCUUGCCCACUUAGCAGAAUACGGACGGGCUAUACGGAGUCUCAGGUGUACCUUGGCCCUGGGAGACGAGGGUACAACUGUUGAAACUCUAGCCGCCAUCACCAUUUUGGGGCGGACGGAGUCGUUGUUUGAUUCCAGAAAUAACGCCUCUUACAUUCACGAGCUAGGCAUAACCAGUCUCAAUGAGCGACUGGGGCCACCCAAAGCUGGAGACGAGCUACAUUCUGCCCUCGUUGCAGAAAACUAUAUUGUACUAUUCGACGAGACAGUUCGGCUGAUGGGUUUCUUAAAGGUUCCCUACUGGAUGCGGAGGAAGGAUUGCGAUUUCUUCAUGAACAAAGGCUCCUGGGACGAAGCCUCAGCGAAUGCAACAGCAGACUUAUUUCAAAAUCAGGCUCUCAGAACCCAUGGGAAAGCGGCAUUUAAAGCCUCCCAGGCAGUAUGCGGCAAACUAACGUCGUUUUACCGUGAUUGUCACAUCAUCCAUUCCAACACCGACAGAGACAACCCAAGAGUUAUGUGCCUAGCCCGAAAGUUGAUGGCUGACCUCAAACAAAGGCUUGAUACCAUCACGAAUGCGAAUGUCAAGCUAUUUGAGAAGGCCAAAGAACUAGGGGUUAUAAGAGAGAUCGAGGAUCCUAGUUCUAUUACCGGGAAAAGCUACCAGAUCGCCGACGUCAGCUUGUUCCAAGUAAACAUGUGCUGGAUGGCGGCUCAGAUGCUUGUUCUAAAAAUGCUCUUUGACUGCAGCGUCGUCUACCCCGAGUAUGCAGACCCGGCUACACUGCAGGUCCUCCUCAGGAAAGAGUCUGUCCAUGUGUGGAAUUUUAUACCAGCUCUCUUGGAGCUGGAAUCUUUUGUCGCCGUCACAUCACUAGAUGUGAUCUACCCCACGAUCGAAGUCUCCACGAGGGAAGAAAAGGAAUAUCUUCUGGAUGUCCUUGCUUCCUUGGAUCGAUAUCGGCAGGCUCUGCCCACGGACAGAGUCUCGUUGGACAAGGCCAUUGUGUCUUACUCGGCACUCUUUUCAGGACGCCUGUCUCCCCAUGCUCCCCUAGACUUCGAAACUUGCAAGUGGUGGAAGCAGAAAAAGGCAUACAAAGAUACUGAAGCCCCGCCAACUUUGACUCAUUUUAUGUCUCCGCCGCCUGGGGCGAUGUGA